AUAAUAAGCAGUGGUUCUCGCCUGCCGCGCCUGGGCCUGCUUCGAAACACCGCAGAAGCAAAGGGUAGUGAAGAGGCAGCUCGAACAGUGGUGCUUGAGGAAAGCUGAGGACUGCCGUCAACGAUACUGCUCAUUGUGCGUGGAUCAGCAAGCGAGCCGCGUGCUUCAGAAUCGUCGUAGCUCUAUGUAGUGGAAAAAUAUACAGUGUUCGAUACCGACGACCUGUCGGUAUUUUGUGAGUGCUUUCUGUGUGUGUCUGGCCAGGAUACGACGCCAUGUGAAUUUAGAACCCGAUAGCCUGGCAGCAGUGAUGUGUGUAUUAUUGUGCUGUGUGCAGAACUAACUACUGACGUGUGUGGAAUGUGGUAGACUUUAGAAAGUAGACAUAUUAACGGGAAGAUGACUGUAAGCUGAGCCUUGCCGUGACGUGACGUGACGGUCGAGCAAAUAGAGGUGGCACAAGAACGCCUUGCCAUGAGGUGGCGUCGUCUCGACUCUGCCGUCGUGCUGCUGAUUCUCACGUUAGAGGUCGCAUGGACAGCCAAACUUGGAAACGGAAUUGGUGGGGGGGGUACGGGCGUAGCUGCGGCGGCGGCUGCUCCUAUCGUCGCGGUCGGUUCAUUGGCGCGCAUCUGCGAGUGCGGCCCGGCGCAGUUUGCAUGCAGCGAGGUAGCAGCUGGCAGCGGCAACUGUACUUGUAUUCCCAGCAGGUGGCACUGUGAUGGGGAUGACGAUUGCGGGAAUGGACGAGACGAGUUAGGAUGCGUGGUACGCAAUUGUAGUUCUUCGGGAGAGUUCGAAUGUGCUAACGGACGUUGUAUACCUCUUCGAUGGAGGUGCGACGGCGAAGAUGAUUGCGGAGAUGCUUCAGAUGAGCUUUGUUCUUAUACGGUCCCACCCUUCUAUGGUGGGUCUUCGUCCGCUAGCGGCAGUAACGGCAAGACUGUUGGUUCGUUGCCUGGAUGCCGCGAGUUUCCGUGCAAGAGUGGCUCUUGUAUAAAGUGUCCAGACUCGAAGGGGCUUCAUGGGCCUUGUGGAGAUGGCGCAUGCAGAGACUUGGCGUUGUUACCUCGCUGUUCAGGCGAAGAUGCGUUUCUUUGCGGAAAUGGACGCUGUGUUAAAGCGGAUUUACGGUGUAAUAAUCGCGAUGAUUGUGGGGACGAAAGCGACGAACAAGCAUGUGGUGGCGAAUGUCUAGAAGGUGAGUUUCGUUGCGAGAGAGAUGGCCUGUGUAUUAACCUUGAUUGGCGAUGUGAUGGUGACAGCGACUGUAUCGAUGGCUCAGAUGAAAAACAUUGCGAACAUGCCGAGUGUUCGCUAAAUCAGUUCCAGUGUAGUAACGGACGAUGUAUUCAGAAAGAAUGGAGAUGCGAUGGUGAUUUCGAUUGUCAAGACAUGAGCGACGAGCAAAAUUGCGGUCACAUCGGUUGUGUUCCUGGACAAUUUCGAUGUCUCGAUGGCAGUUGUAUACCGGAAAAAAAUGUCUGCGAUGGAGAACCACAUUGUCCUGAUCGUUCAGACGAAUCGGCCAACACCACCUGCCGGAGUACAAAACCGUGUCGUGAGGAGAACGUUCCCUGCCAGCAUCAAUGCAUCGCUACUGCUACUGGACAUCGAUGCGCUUGUCGCGAAGGAUAUAAGCUUGCCAGUGAUCUACGAUCGUGUCUUGAUGUGGAUGAAUGCCAGCUGUUGGGUAUGUGCAGCCAUGAAUGCACCAACACAGUACCUGGAUACCAGUGCCAUUGCAGCCGUGGUUACAAACUUCGCGACGAUCGCCGUCAUUGCAAAGCGCAAGGACCCGAGGCGUUUAUCCUGUUUGCACACUGUACGGAUAUCCGAAAACUUAAAUCUGACCGUACCGGUUAUAGCGUUAUGCUAAGCAAGUUUCAGAACGUUGUCGCAUUGGACUUCAUUCAUCAUUUAAGUCUCCUCGUUUGGUCAGACAUUCGGCAAAAGACUAUUCAGAGCUUCUUCAUGAAUCAAACAAUCGUUCCUGGCGUCGAACCUAAAAUCAACACGCUUGUGUCACGUGCGCUACCGAAUGCCGGUGGUCUUGCAGCAGACUGGAUUUCUAACAGAAUCUACUGGACAGAUUCGAAAGCGGCUCGAAUCGAGAGCUCAUCUGCUUUGACGGGGCUUGAUAGGAAAGUGCUUGUCUACACAGACAUUCAGAAGCCUCGAGGGGUCGCGCUUCAUCCACUACUCUCCAUGGUAUUUUGGACGGACUGGGGUGAUAAUCCGCGAAUUGAACGUAUCUUUAUGGACGGUUCGGAUCGCCGCACGUUGUUUAACGAGUCUCUAUUUUGGCCAAACGGAAUCACCGUCGACUAUCCAACGGGACACAUCUACUGGUCAGACGGAAAACUUAAUACUCUGGAGUGUGCCACUGUCGAUGGCCACGGUCGACGUAAAGUCGUUGAAAGAGGUCUUCCCCAUCCGUUUGCGGUAUCUGUAUUCGAGGACAACCUUCUCUGGACCGACUGGAUGACUAAAUCUGUUCAUCGAUGCAGUAAAUUUGGACAGGAAGCUGGAAAGCAGACGGAGGUACUUGUAGCUAACCUCAGCUACCCCAUGGACGUAAAAGUGGUACAUCCACUUAGACAACCAUCCGGCGAGAGUCCUUGUUCAAAACACAACUGCUCGCACAUAUGCUUCUCAAACCUGAAGACCUUCAGCUGCGCCUGCCCCGAUGGCCUUACUCUGCUAGCCGAUAAUCGGACUUGCUCACAAUGGCCAGAAGACUCUAUCCUGUUUUCUAUCCGUGGUGACAUCAGGCGAAUGUGCGUGCAUUGCUCAAAUCCUCUCGAUGUACCAAUGGCCUUGGAUCAUGAAAUGGAUAAAGACCGGUCUGGAAGCGGGUCUCUGAGAAACGCAUCUUCUGCGAUGGCCCUUGAGUUUGACCACAUUUCGGGGUCAAUCUUCUGGAGUGACCGCAUCAACCAGGCGAUCUGGACCGCUUUCUGGGAUGGAACCAAUCAGAAGAUGGUUGCACAGGCCAAUGCAGCCGAUCUUGCGUUCGAUUGGAUCAAUCGUAAAAUUUAUUGGACAGAUGCAAUGAACGCUCGUAUCGAAGUUUGCCACAUCGAUGGGUCACUCCGUUCACUUCUCCACUGGCAAAAUCUUCUAAAACCAAAAGGAAUAGUGGUCGAUCCAGGACGAGGGUACAUGUAUUGGACAGACUGGGGUGACCUUCCGAAAAUUGAGCGCUCCACAAUGGCCGGCAGCUCAAGGACUGUUCUUGUUCAAAAUGGACUUAAAUGGCCUAACGCACUCGCCAUUGAUCAUGGCUCCGAAACUCUAUUUUGGACAGACGCCAAUCUGAAGAUUAUCGAGAUGUUACACUUACCUUCGAUGACGCGGCGUGUCCUUCUUCAAAAAGAAAUGCCAAAUCCAUUUGGGUUGUAUUUUUUCGAAGGCCGUAUCUACUGGAGUGACUAUGAAAAACACAUGAUUCAAUCUGCAAAUGCCCAGACUGGUGCAGACCGUCGUCUAGUCCGCGAUCGCCUUGAGGGUAUCAACAAUAUUAUCAUCUACCACAGACAGCGACCUGAAGUGCCAAAUUCGUGUGCCUUAGACAAGUGUGGCUGCAGUCGGCAGUGCCUUCUGUCAGCGGGAAACCCUUCAGGAUGUGAGUGCGCCUGCCCAACAGGGUCCGCAUUGCUCAACGAUACCAAGAGUUGUUCGGACGCCUUUCGUAAGAUGCUCGUUUUUUCGCAACGCUCUGAAAUGAGACUUAUGAGUGUUGAGAUGCCUUACUGGGCAGAUGUACUUGUUGCCACCCCACAACGUCUUGAAAACGUUGUAGCUCUGCAUGUCGACACAGUUGAAGAGCGAAUCUUUUUCUCGGACGGAAACCUACGCAAGAUUCAAAGCUGCGAUCUAAGCGGGGCUAACGUACGCGACGUGGUGACAAUUGGAAUUGAGACGUUGGGCGGCCUCGUAGUGGAUUCGCGUGCACGAAAACUUUAUUGGACUGAUGCGGGGCCACAUCAGCCGCGCGUCGAAGUUGCUGAACUUGAUGGAUCGUAUCGGCGCGUGCUGCUUUGGCACCAGGAGAUGGACUCACCAAGAUCUAUAACUAUCUACCCAGAGAAAGGGUGGAUUUUUUGGACUGAUUGGGGUAAUCAGGCACGUGUAGAUCGUGCUGAUGCAGAUGGCCGAAAUCAUAAAAAUUUGAUUAGUGGAAAGCUUGGUUGGCCGCACUGCAUUGCUGUGGACAAACAGGCCGGACGACUGGUUUGGGCCGAUGCAAAAACACAUACGCUAGAGAGCAUCGAUCUGGACGGCAAAGACCGCAAGGUUGUGCUGAAAGAUCUCCCGUACCCAUACGGCGUUACGGUAUGGAACGGAAGAUUGUUUUGGACCGAUUGGCAAACCCGAGCUAUUCACGAGGCGUCCCAGCCUCGGGAAAAGUUAAAAGGCAAUCUCGUAUCUAUCAUGGAUAUCCACUAUUUCGACCUAGAACGAAAAGAAACAAACCAGUGCUCAAAAAGAAACGGUGGUUGCUCACACCUCUGCUUGUCAUCACCCCGUGGCACUUCCUGUCAAUGCCCGACAGGUAUCGAAAUCCAGGAAGACGGAAGAACUUGCGAUGCUCUUCCAGCGGCACUACUUCUUUUUGCCAAUCGUGAGUACCUACACACCAUCUCAAUGGAUACUCCUGACCGUACAGACGUAUUACUACCCAUUACCGACAUUCAGGACGCUGUCGCUCUUGACUUUGACUACGAGCACAAAAAGUUCUACUUUACCGACGUAAAGUUGGACGUUAUCAGACGGAGCAACUUAAACGGCAGUGGAACAGAAACUAUCGUGAGCUCUGGCCUUGUGUCACCCGAUGGCUUGGCAUACGACUGGAUAGCUAAGAACAUAUAUUGGAGUGAUUCGGGAAGGAAAACAAUUGAGGUCUGCCGCGCUGAUGGAUCGUCCCGGAAACUGCUCACCAACCUCGACCUUGACGAGCCUCGUGCGCUCGCCCUCUUUCCGGAGCGUGGUUACGUGUUCUGGUCGGAUUGGGGCCGGCUACCAAAGAUCGAGCGGGCCUAUCUCGAUGGAUCGAGCCGACGAGUGAUUGUUGCCACCGAACUGGGUUGGCCCAACGGGCUCACCGUAGACUAUGAGGCCAAACGGAUCUACUGGGUCGACGCGCAAAUGGACUGCAUCGAAAUGUCGGAUCUCAACGGAAAGCAUCGCACUAAGCUCGUCAUCGAUGUGGAACAUCCAUUUGGGUUAACGCUGCAUGGAAGCUUCAUCUAUUGGACAGACUGGCAGACGAAAAGUGUCGAGCGCGCUGACAAGAGCAGUGGCAAGAAGCGGCUGAUCAUCCGCGACGACAUCGAGAACGCAAUGGAUAUCAAAAUGGUGGCAGCUACCAGACAAACUGGUACUAAUACAUGCGCUGCGGCUAACGGAGGCUGCUCGCAUCUCUGUCUUUACCGCCCACAGGGUCAUGUAUGUGCUUGUCCAACUGCAGGCGACAACACUAAUCCCUGUUCGACUUUUCCUAUGCCAACUACUUCGCGAUCCGUACCUCGACCUACAGUCGCAUCUAGCACCCAAUCACCGGUGCCAACAAAAGUAACCCCCGUUAACAAGCCAUGCAGCGGUAUCGGUUGCACCGUAAUGAGCGUUAUAAACAUCGUAUUUGGAGAAAGCAAUAUCCCAUCAAUGUACAUGGUUGCAGCUAGUGUCCUUUCGCUUUUGUUCGUGGUUUUAUGCGUUGCGUCAAGCGUUCGUUGUCGUUCAAAGCGACAGGGUAGUGACUACGCCGACUCGAACGACGACUCGCUCAAAGAUAUCAAUGAAGAGCUAGACAUAGACAAUGUAGGACAGCACCCGUUUCACCAUCACGCUGAUGGACAUCAUCGUGGAGGAGGAAGCAGUAACUUUAUUCCACCAGUGUCGCAUAUCACCAACUCAACAAAUUCCAACCUCGGUCACAACAAACUUACCAGUGGACAUGCUAGUCACACGUGGCUGCUCGACAAGACGCCUUCUGAUGAUCAGAACCCUGUGAUCUAUAGUGGAAGCAAGAACUACGAAGGCAGCACUCAGUUGUACUCUGGAGCCGUUGACAUUCCGCCAGACGCGAGCGACGACGAGCUUAACGACGACGAGGAACUCGACGAAGAAGCUCUCGAAGCUAUGGACGAAGUUGAAUCACUGCCGGGCGCUCCAUCGCCGCCCCUAUCACUCGUGUCACGUCAUUCGCGGCCAUCAUCAUUGGUUCAUUAUGCUACGUACACAACAACGCCACCUGUUCCUGCAGUCCACCUUGGCCCCGGUCAGCUAAGCCAAUUCAGCCAACUUCUCGAGGUCGGCAUCCCGGGAUCGGCGGGAGGAUUCCAUUCGUCACACCAGUCGAUCGAAACCGACAUUAUGUAGAAGAUGGGCAAAAAUUAAAAACAUUACCAAUGCUGACAAUAGCAAUAUCAACGACGUAUAUAUAUAUAUAUAUAUAAAAAAAAAAAACCCUUAAUCUGAUCUCUUGGGAUUUUCUAAUCUUAGGUUACCGGACAUAUUACGGAACUGACACUGAUUUUGUACCUGGACGCUAACAACUGAUCAACAUAAAGUUCAGGUAGCCUUGCCGGUCAAUCUAAAUCAGAAAAUAUGGAAGCACCAGCUGAGACAUUCACUCUUAGACAUAUACAGGAGUAGGCAUAAAUGGUAUUCACUGAUUUAUCUUCCGGUGUGAGUAAGUCUAUGAGAAGAAAUAGAUUCCUCAUUGUCGAGCAGCGUACCGGUGAAGCUUCGCGGUAGCGCUGUUCUCUAUUGGCGAUUUAAUGAGACAAUUAUAUAUGCGUACUUACAUACAUUCGAUAAUUGAUUUACGAACAAGUAAUUUAUCCACUGGUUGCCUCACUGCCAGUUCGAUUACCAUGGUUAGGUUAUAGCAGCGGAGCCGCAUUUGGCUGAUUUGUUUUCUAGACAUGGAUAAUUAAAAUGAGUGACUAAUAAUAAGGUAUCUUGUAUAAGGGUGAGAUGGUUAAUUCGUGCACUAUACAGUAUACGAUUGUACGCGUGCAAUAUCUAAGACGUAUGUACAAGACUCGAAAACGUAUUUGUAUUUGGGGGUGUGUAUGUGUGUAGUAUGUGCGUACUUUUUUGCGAACCAGAGAAAGAUGUUGCUGGACGCAAAAAUUACAGAUGGUUAAAGAUUCUCGUACAUCCGAACAGCAUGUUACAUAUGUGUUCGCAUACAAGCGAGAUAUGCUGCGCCUCUGUGCGCGAAUAAAUAGAUCUCUUUCUUUCUUUCUCUUUCUAUAUAUAUAUAUAUAUAUAUAUAUAUAUAUAUAUAUAUAUUUGUGCAUAGUGUCCGUGUCUCAUGGCACAGAAAGGCGGUCCUUAUUGGAGGCUUUCGUUCGAUGACCUCUCCGAAGAAUAGCAAUGCGAUGAGAUAAUGCUUUUUUGAAGCGCUGACGGUGAUGAUGUGGUGAUGAAACGUAUAGGAAGAGAGAAAUAGUGCGAAAGAAAGACAUAUAUCGUAGAAGUGAGAAGCAGAGAGAAAAGCCCUCGUUUAUCGCCUAGAAGAUAAAGGCUGGAUGAUCUAAAUGGAUGACUAGAACUAGCUAAUUAGUAUAAAUAAAAAUGUAUAUAACGUAUUUACUGUUAGAUAUACAUAAGUUGACGAAAAAUCAGAUUAAAUCAUAACAGUUUUAUUGUCACACAUGUUGAAGCAUGAUUGGUCGGAGGUCAUUUUUCAUGUAUAGCUGAGAUAAAAGUGUUGAAUAAAGGAAAAAAGCUAUAAUGAAAAGCCGAUGAUGAUCGGUCUUUUUGGGACGUUUAGCACAGAACAGAGCACAUCAUUGAGCAACCAAAUACUGUAUAGUCAGAAGAUGAUAAUCUCACCUCUACCUAACUAUUAUCUAUAACCUAUCUGCCCGAACUUUUCGUUCUCUUUCUGUUUUGCUAUCUACGAUUCCGAUCUAUUCCAUAAACUAUAAUGGAACACAAAGACUGCGAGAUAUAUAUAGCGUCUUCCAAAACUAUAUAUGUUUGAAUGAUUCCACUUUUUACAUACUUUUCCUGGUAUUGCAGAUGUUCAAGAUUAUUACCGUUUUGGCUAUUAAUUCGACCUUCGGCAAGCAUUUUAUUAAAUGUUGUCACACAUUCCUAACUGAUUGCAGCUUUUAUAUUUUCGAGUAUUACCGAUCUUCUGCUUUAUAUUUACGGUAUUUUUCAGGCUUUAUAUUUAAGGUAUCUUUGCAAAAAAGUCCAUUGGCUUCAGAUCUGGGGAACAGCCUCGCUCAUCCCAUCUGUUUGGAAGAUUCUCAUCAGGGUAUGCUCUAAUAUCACAAUGACAGUGUACAGACCGUUUUCACUGAAGUCCUCCCAAAUGCGUGCUAAAACAGAUUCUUGCCGUAGAUUCAAGUAAUUGGCACAGGGUGAUGUACAGUCAAAAAUGCAAUCAAUACUUUAUUGAAAACACCGCACCGCAUUGUAUCUUUUGCUGUCUCUGCGUUAGAUAUAUAUUCACAGUUACCCAAAACGUGCAAUUAUAUCAACUAAUCGCACUAUUUGAACAUAACUUCAUUUUCCUCAAAACGUCGUGUUCGCAUGUUGUCAAGUACCAUUUGCCAGAUCGUUCUCUUGUCAAGAUCAUCUUCAUUGAUAGCAUGUAACCUUGUAGGGAUUUUAUGGAUGUUUUGUCAUGUCCAGUAGCUUAAAAUGCAGAAGGUACUUGUUUUCUUUAUAUGAGUUGAUUAUUUUGCGGAUUUUUAGGAUCUGUCCUUAUAACAUUUCUGUCCUUUUUAUUGGCCUGUGAAGCUCGUUGACGUUUCCGGUCUUUUCGAGCGUUUCCUAUAAACAUCCUAAAAGGUUCCGUUUGUAUCAAGCUUACCUUUUACCCGAUUAUUUGUAAAUCGAAUAGGUGAAUCCUCCUGAAACCCCCUGCGAUGUUAUCCGUAUCCUUCUACCUUACUUUCGUACUUCCAAUAGCCUUUUAAAAUAAAAUUUCUUUGUUUGAAAAUUAACUUUGGUCUACUCGCUGUUUACAAUUGAUUAGUCCAACCCUGAAGAGAGAGAACAUUCAAAGAGUACUAUUAUGGUACGCAUUUUUUAAGGCCGUGGAGCUCCUUCUCUUUAUACAUAUAUACCUAUAUAUAGUAAACACAGAAUUGAAUAACUACUUUCGUCUUUAUCAUUGUGGCCUUUUAGUGAUUUGUAAAUUUCUGUUUCGUCAAAUGCUACCAAUGGACUAAAUAACGAAAAUAUAAAAAAUGCAAAAUGGGUUCUAAAUAAACGAUAUACUAUCCGCUGUUAACCACGGGUUGUCGUUAGAAGAAGUGCAAACCCUUUUACAGGCUACUAGUUGAAAGAAAUUUUUCGCUUGAGAAGUGUGUGGCAAGUUAGGGAAGUGUACGACUGAUCAAACGGCGAAGCGAUGCGUAUUUUAAUACGAAGUAAAGCAAUAUUUUCAAUUUUAUUGCACGAGUACUCAUACAAUCAAUAUAUCAUACCAGUAAAUAUAUAGGCUUAGCGUGAUCUAAAGGCCAUGUUUUAAUUCAGUCAUAUUUUCUUUCUUAGUAUAUCGACGAUGUAGAACGCCGGGAAAUAAUCUAUGAUAACAAUAAUAGUAGGAAAAGAAGGCGUAGAUCUACCACUUUUUUUUAUACAUACAUUUACAGCUACCAGUAGGGCAAACGCGCGUGAUAUGGCAAAACCAACGCACCCAAAAACAUACAAGAUAAAAUCGACAGUACAGGAAAAAGCGAUAACCUUCCAUAAUGCGGCUUCGCCAAAUAUAUAUAUAUAGAUGACACAUUAGAGAGAGCAAUCAGUACAAGAUGUCAAUGUCUAUAUUUAUCUUAAAUUGUGUGUGUAUAUAUAUUAUAAAAAAGGGCCCUUAUCGAAAUGUACUUUAGUCUCAAUGUACGAAUGAAAUCAAUUUGAGACAAAUCACUCACAGUCAUUGGUUUUGACUCAGGCACCACCGACGGUGGCCUAAAAAUUAUUCGUAGCGAUUGCCGAUACACCUUUUUAGAUAGGUAGAAUAAAAGCGCAAAUUACGUAUCGAGGACGGGGUGAUUAAAGCGCUAUUAUGUAAACAUAGAAGUGCACGACAUAUAUAAUUGAAGUAAAGUAAGUGCUAGCUCCACUUAUCAAAAGAAGAAGCAAACGGUCAUACGUGCUGCUGGACACUUCGUAUAGGCAAUAGCUGAUGAGAUAAUCUUGAAUAAUUUAGGCAGA